AUGAUUUUAGUUUCACCAAAUUUUCAAUGUGAAAAAUGUGCGCAACAAUUUCAAUCAAAAUCUCUUCUUCAAAAACAUCUAAAUAAACAUGCAACAAAACAUGCAUGUCCAUAUUGUACACAAAUAUUUUCAACACCAUCAGGUGUAAAACGACAUAUUAUUUAUCGACAUACAGAUAUAAAGUAUUUUCAAUGCCCUGAUUGUUCACUUUCCUUUAAAUGUGCAAAUAGCCUUACAGUACAUCGUCGUCGUUUGCAUCUAUUACCAUUAUUAGAUAAAAUUAAUGAUGAUGAUAAAGAACAACCUACUGAUUCGAAUGAUAAACAACAACCUCAAUAUAAAUAUGCUUGUCAUUUAUGUGAACGAUGUUUUUCACGUGGAAAAAAAUUGACUGGACAUUUGCUUAAAGUACAUCAACUUGGAAAAGCUAUGGGAUGUACUAGAUUAAGUUAUACAAUGCGAAAAGAUGGUUUUUUUCGUGUACAAAGUGAACUUGUUCCUGUAUCGUUAUCAUCUGAUUUUUCUCUACCACAACAACAACAGCAACAAAGUUUACCAUCAACAUCUCAACAUCUUCCUCAUACGACAUGUGCAUCAUUUUUAAUCAAUCGUUUAUUAAACGAUCGCGAAGAUGGAAAUCAACAUCCACCAUUUAGUCCUGAAUUUGAACUUGAUCAUUGGAAUGAUGAUGAAACUGAAAAUACUGAUCGUGAUGAUGAUGAUGAUGAUGACGAUGAUGAUGAUAAUGAUGAUGAUGAUAUUACAGAUUAUCAUGUCGAUAUUUGUGAACGAAAUCUUUCUGAACUGGUUGGACAAUUAAAAGAACUUGUCGAUUUGGAGAUUUAUGGUGAAAUUUUUGAUGAAAAAGUGGAAACUUAUCGUUUAAUGGCUCAAGCUCGUUUUCCAAAUAGUCGAAUUGAUGUUGAGAUAUCAAGAUUUCAACUUUGA